CAUGGAGAGCCAAGCAGGACAUAGACCGCAGUACGCUGGACGUUUAUACUUCUCCAACAGAAAAGAUAUUCGCUGUCCUCGGCAGAAGAAGCGUAAAACGACUGUGUAAUAUUUACACAAUGAUAUUGCCAAAGGGACUGCUCAAAUCACGGUCAAGCACCAACGAGCUAUCCUAACGAUGGGCUGGGCUUGGUAGAAGGACAUCAAUCGUCACGUUACAUGAUUGGUUGGCGCAAUCACCCUUUAACCUCAGGAUGACUGAACCGGACUUCUUCAACGUGUCUUUUGAUACACUGCCAGAUGAAGUCGACCAAUACGGCAACGAGACUGGACUUUUAAACGACACCGAAUCCUUAGUACCUGACGAACUUUUGGGCCCUCGAUACCACACGAGAGUCCGCAUUGGCAUCAUUAUAACCAUGAUCAUAGUCUCGACAGUUGGCAACAGCGUCGUCUGCUGCAACCUCCUUGUGAGGCAGCGCCGCCGCAGAGUGUCCAAGGCUAGAGUGCUGUUUCUCAAUCUGGCGAUCGCCGACCUCCUAGUGGCCUGCAUAACAAUGGCGUCACAGGUUGUAUGGGAAGUGAUGGGUAGGAUUUGGAUCGCAGGUGACGCGUUCUGCCGCUUCUUCAAGUUCUUGCAGACGUUUGCCCUGGUCUCGUCGACCUACAUGCUGGUGGCCAUCGCCGCGGACAGACACAUCGCGAUCGCCACUCCCCUCGCGCCGAGUCCAGAUCCAUGGAGACUGGCUGGCGUCACCUGGAUCGCGGCGUGCAUGCCUUCACUGCCGAAUGUCUACGUCUUUCACAGUGUCGAGGUGGCGCCGGGAAAGUGCUUCUGCGCCUCAAUUUUCUACGACCGGGGCACUCCGCUUUACCAUCGCCAGAUCUACAUGGGAUUUGUCUUCUUCAUGGUGUUUGUUGCCCCGCUCGUGCUGCUCAUAGCGUUUCACACCGGCAUACUGUGGGCUUUGUGGAAGCACAACGCCACCAGUCGGAGGGUGAGCUGCCAAACUCCUUCGUCGCUUCCCCGUGCCAAGGUGAAGACAUUAAAGAUGACGGCAGUUGUUUUCGGCGCCUUCCUGGUGACCAACGUGCCGUACAUGGUCCAGGAGGCGAUCCUGGCCUUCGGCAACCCUGGUAUAUUGGAUGCCAACGUGGUCGCACUGUUCGGCGUCAUAUCUGCCUCGAACAGCGCCAUUAAUCCGUAUAUAUUCCUGUACUUCCAACGAGUGCGCAAGGGCACCGGAGAUGGUGGCUUCUGGCGGACUGUGUGGCGCAUUGUGGUUGAAUCAGUCACGUGUCGCCUGCUCAGCCGGUCGCAACCAGGUUCCCAGUUGUCGACUGACGCGGUGGACCCGUCCUCACCAACGCGUCGUUCCAAAAAGCCCUGCACUAGUAACUGCAAAGAAGAACGUCGCGCCACAAAAAAAGGAUGUGCGAACUGUUGACAGCUGGUCGCGCGUAUGUAUGUGUGUUUGUAUACUUACAUCAGAGAUAUUGGGCGACUAUCGCUGCGUAUCAAGUGUUACUUCGUGAUGCGUUCAUCCGUCUCAGUCUGACUUGCGUUGCUGUACACACGACGGGCUUGAUGUGAAGUUCGCGAUGUCAGAAAGAGCUCUGUGUUUCCGCUGGUUCAUCAUGUUAGUCGGCAUGUGUUCACAGUAAUAAUUCACAAAGCGGUGCUUUUUUUAUACCACGAAGUGUGAACUGUGACCAAGAACUGCCAACGAUGUUCUAAAAGACUUACGUUUAUUUAGAUUUCCUGGUGCUUUCGGCACGCAUAGUAAUGACUAUUUCUGUGACGUUGUUGUCGUGCUAUGUCUUCAGACAGUAAUUUUUUCUUCUAUUACCUGAAUGUCACUUGCGUAUCUUUCUUCCAUCUGGCUUCACUGCGGUUCUAUGUGACAAGCAAAGUGAAUAUGUAAGCAAUGUAGUGAAACGGGAAGUCUUAUAUUUGUACAUGGAUAUGCAGUGCUGUCCUGUCAAUAAGAAAAUAUUUGUAUGACAGAAUGAAACCCCCGCGCUGGUACUGCAAAGCGCAAAUUACGAAGUACUAGCACGUCUAAGCCUAGUGACAGCAACACUUUCCGAAGAAAACACGAGAAAACGACAUGACGAAAGUAAACAUAGUCUGGAUUACGGAUAGUUGUGUUUCAGGAAAUCGAGACAUUGUCUUUGAGAAAUCAUAUAAAUACACUACUCAAGAGGUAGUAAUAUGAGCUGAUAUCAUCAUGACCACGUUAUCACCGUUACGUACGUAAGUGCCCAUUGCCGCGCAAGGUUCUAUGUAUUUCUGAGAGCUGACGGGCCCAUAGGUAAAGUAAAGCGGCCGGCGUGGUAGUAAACAUUUAUUAAUGAUAUACUGUGUCAGUCAGCAAGCAUUUUUUUAAACAUUGGUACCCUGAGACGUGUGUGAAAGCGCGCUUCAUUUUGCGUACUUGUCAAUGCAAAAAUAAACUAGCUGGUCUCAUCGCCUGCCUCCCACUUCUCGAAGUGUGCCACACUGGCCUGGUUUAUACAUUAUUCAAAUGGAAAAGAACAUCGCUUAACUGAGAAAUGACACACUAA